CGUUGAAGCGAUAGUAACGCUCGUGUACAAUAAAUCACAAAUGCAUUUCAAGUGCGAGACAGAUGGUUAAAAACACGAGACAAUUGUCUUAAAUAAACAUCCGACACUAUCAUCAUUUUUCCAACUGAUGUAAUUUCCGUUUUUUUAACUAUCAAGUCUCAAAAUCUUUUGUAAGAAAAAGAGAAAGAGAGAGCGCAAAAAUGUCGCAUGCGCAACUGUGUAGAAGCAACUGUGUGUGUGUUACUUUCUUGUAAGUAAAACCUUGAGCUAAAAAUCUUCUUGGCUAACCAGUGAAAGGUUUCGUUUUUCUCUCUUAGCGGCAUUUCGAACAGUAUCAAUACUGUUCUUUUUGAUGUCGCUUGUCUCUUGCUGUUUUUUGCGCUACAUAUGGAAAUAAUUAAGUUAAUUUGUGACAAUACAUCCGUCUCCGGCUUCUUUCUUCGGGAUUUGAUCAAAGAGAACCUGAGCUGACAUUUCGAAUGAUAUUAGUUUUAUCGUUCUCAAGUUAACAUCUAAACACAAUGUGGUACAUAAUAAUUUGUACGUUCAUAAUAUUUGUGAUAAAAAUUUUAUACAGUUGGCAACGACCGUCGAAGUUUCCUCCAGGUCCUUAUGGUUUGCCAAUCGUUGGAAACAUAUUUGACAUAAAACAUCUGGUCAGCGAAACCAAAUUUUAUUCUCACACUUGGUGUCGUUUGGCCGACACUUACGGACCCGUUGUCGGCUUGAGACUCGGUAUAGCCGAACCGAUAAUCAUCGUUUCCGGCAAGGAUGCUGUGAUGGAAAUGAUGAAUCGACCGGAGUUCGACGGAAGACCUGACGGAUUCAUGUUUCGACAUCGAACAGGAGGUGAGAGAAGAGGUGUGAUAUUCUCCGACGGUACUAUCUGGCGGGAUCAAAGAAGAUUUGUCCUGAAAACGUUAAAAUCUUUUGGAUUUGGAAAAAUCGCGAUGGAGGACAUAAUAUUGGACGAUGCAGCUUCGUUGACAAACAUAAUAGAAUCGCAGGCUAAGUCCGGGCCCAUUACAAAUUUGAGCAACAUUGUCUCCAUAGCCGUUAUAAACAGCUUAUGGACAAUAGUUGCGGGUCAAAAAUUUGACUUGGACGAAGAGAUUAAUGGCAAUCCGAAAUUAUUGAAAAUUUUAACAGCAGUAAACAAUCUUGUCAGACACAGCAAUGUCAGCGGUGGUAUAUUGAAUCAUUUGCCUUUUUUGAGAUACGUCAUGCCGGCAUCGACCGGAUAUACUUUAAUAAAUCAGAGACUGACGCAAAUAUGGCAAUUUAUCACAAAUGAAAUAUCGAGACACAAGGAAACUAGAAUGCGACACGAAAUCAGAGAUUUUAUUGAUGUUUACCUAGCGGAAAUGGACAAACAAUCGAGUCAACCAAUAUCAAACUUUAACGAGAAGCAACUAGUUAGCGUUUUGCAGGAUCUUUUUACCGCCGGCGUAGAAACGACGAACAACAUGAUCGGCUUUGUGAUAACGUAUCUCGCUGUCAAGCAGGAUGUUCAGAAAAAACUGCACGAAGAGCUCGACAGAGUGUUGGGCAAACAAGCGUUACCUCGCAUAGCAGACAAAACUCGACUACCCUACUUGAACGCAACGUUAGCGGAAGUAUCGAGAGUAGCGAAUGUCGGUCCCACCACAAUCCCUCAUCGAGCGAUGGUCGAUACCGUUCUGUUGGGCUACGAGAUAAAAAAGAAUUACACCAUGUUGGCUAAUUUGAGAAGCGUCCAUAUGGACAAGGAGCAUUGGGGCGAUCCGCAAGAAUUCCGACCGGAGAGAUUUAUCAACGACAAAGGAGAAUUUGUCGAGGAUACUUGGUUAAUGCCGUUCGGCUUAGGUCGCAGACGAUGCUUGGGCGAGACUCUGGCAAAGAACAAUGUAUUUCUUUUCGUUGCGUGUCUAUUGCAGAAAUUUCACUUUGCGUUGUCCCCAGAACAUCCCGAUCCUGUUUUAGAUGGUGUCGAUGGCUUCACGAUUGCGCCACCUAACAUAAGUAUUAUUAUUAAAAAAAAAUGAUAUUUACAAAAAAAAACAUGCGUCGUACUUUGAAUUAACAUGCAGAGUACAAAUACGCACCGUCUGUAAACUUAGACAAAUAUCUUAAGUACAUUUAUAUAAUUAUAUAUU